AUGGCGCCAACUACUUUCUCAAACCCCAACUGGAGUCAGCAACUCUAUACCGCCUUCAGCAUGCCCAGAAACGACAAGCAAAACUGCAUCCCAAUACUUCAAGCAAUCCUUUCCGAUGCGAACGUCCCACCUUAUUGGCGCAUCCAAGCACUCGUUGCGCUUGCCUCCGCGGUAACUGAUUGGUAUGAGGCCGAGGAAUACCAACAGGAGGCCGAAAUCCUGUAUAGAUUGACUUACAUGGUAUUCCCGAAGGGAUGUGAUGAUGAAACGGAUGGUCUUCUCGCUAGAAAUCGCAAUCUUCUCGACCACCUAGCCCUCGAGCUAGAGGAUACCAUGCCUGACAGCAUAAGAGCUUUACGUGAAGAGGCAGAGGCGGAGGACGAGCAAGGAACAGACGAUGAAUACGACGACUCCGAUGAUGAUGAGUCUGAUAAUGGCUGGGAUACUGAUGGCAGUCAUGAUGAAGAAGACGAAGCCGGCCCCUGA